GAGCUUUAUUUCCGGUGUAUCCAACCUCAUGCAAUGGUUUGUUUACUGUUGUUAAAUGUAACAUUUUGUCUUGUUUGCAGCGCCUGAAUUGCGGUAUUGUCCAAAUAGUUUUAGUUAAUAAUUCACUAUAAACAUGCUUUUGUUUUGUCCAACUUGUGGAAACGUUUUGAUCGUCGAAGAAGGACAAAAGUGUAUGAGAUUUGCCUGUAACACAUGCCCAUACGUUCAUAACAUCACAAGAAAGGUAAACAACAGAAAGUACCCGAAGCUAAAGGAGGUGGAUGAUGUCCUUGGUGGAGCAGCAGCUUGGGAAAAUGUUGACUCCACAGCAGAAACCUGCCCCAAAUGUGAGCAUCCUCGGGCAUAUUUCAUGCAAAUUCAGACCAGAUCUGCUGAUGAACCCAUGACCACCUUUUACAAGUGUUGCAACGCUCAGUGUGGACAUAGAUGGAGAGAUUAACCCUCAGCACUUGCUAAGUUAUCUGAAAUAUUUCUUUGCUCACUCAACUGCUUUUUUAUUUAUUACAAAACUCUU